GGUUUUUUUUCCAGACCAUUAGUAGCCGAGAAAGUUCUCUUCCACUACACUUUCUCUCUACUUUUCUCGUCAACCAAACACAAUCUCAGGUUAUACAGACUUCUGGAGAAUGCGAUCUGCACAUUACUGAGAAACCUUGGAAGUCCCAGAGCCACUGACAAAGGAUAAAAUGGAUUCUAUCUUACUGAAGCUAGGGUUAUUUCUUUUUGUGUUUUUCCUUAUUUUUGCUCCGUCGCAAUCCGCGGUUUUAAGCAUAGAUCUAGGUUCCGAAUCGCUGAAAGUUGCAGUUGUGAACCUAAAACCAGGUCAGAGCCCAAUCUCGAUCGCAAUCAACGAAAUGUCGAAGCGCAAGUCCCCUUCCUUGGUGGCAUUUCAAUCCGGUGAUCGUCUUCUCGCUGAAGAAGCAGCUGGAUUGGUCGCUCGGUACCCUGACAAAGUCUAUUCCCAAAUCAGGGACUUGAUUGGAAAACCUUUUAAUUAUACAAAGAGUUUUACAGAUUCGUUCUAUUUACCCUUCAAUAUGGUGGAAGAUUCUAGGGGCACUGCGAGUUUCAAAAUCGAUGACAAUGUGGGUACUCUUUCUGUUGAGGAAUUGCUGGCAAUGAUUUUGGCUUACGCGGCGAAUUUAGCAGAGUUUCAUGCAAAAAUUCCUAUAAAAGAUGCUGUUGUUACAGUACCACCAUAUUUUGGGCAAGCAGAGCGAAAAGGGCUGCUCCAGGCUGCGCAGUUGGCUGGGUUUAAUGUACUUUCUUUGAUAAAUGAGCAUUCGGGUGCAGCCUUACAGUAUGGAAUCGAUAAAGAUUUCUCAAACGGAUCGAGGAAUGUUAUUUUCUAUGAUAUGGGUUCCAGCAGUACGUAUGCAGCUCUCGUUUAUUUCUCGGCCUAUAAUGCUAAGGAGUUUGGAAAGACUGUGUCAGUCAACCAGUUUCAGGUCAAGGAUGUCAGAUGGGAUCCAGAACUUGGGGGUCAGAAUAUGGAAUUGAGAUUGGUUGAGCACUUUGCAGAUGAGGUCAACAAACAAAUUGGGAAGGGGGUUGACAUAAGGACGUCUGCCAAGGCAAUGGCUAAACUGAAAAAACAGGUUAAAAGAACAAAGGAAAUUCUAAGUGCAAACACAAUGGCUCCAAUAUCAGUUGAAUCGAUCUAUGAUGACCAGGAUUUCAGGAGCUCCAUCUCACGUGAAAAGUUUGAAGAGCUCUGUGGAGAUCUAUGGGAGAGAUCUCUGACACCUGUGAAGGAAGUUCUUAAGCAUUCUGGUAUAAAGGCUGAUGAGAUAUAUGCUGUGGAGUUGAUAGGAGGUGCAACCCGAGUGCCUAAGUUGCAGGCUAAGCUUCAGGAAUUUUUUGGAAGGAAAGAGUUAGAUAGACAUCUGGAUGCUGAUGAAGCUAUAGUUCUUGGUGCAGCCCUACAUGCUGCUAAUUUAAGUGAUGGAAUCAAAUUGAACCGUAAACUAGGAAUGGUUGAUGGUUCUUCUUAUGGGUUUGUAGUUGAGUUAAAUGGCCCUGACCUGUUGAAAAAUGAAAGCACUAGGCAAUUGCUUGUUCAACGGAUGAAAAAACUCCCCAGCAAGAUGUUCAGGUCCGUUUUCCAUAACAAAGAUUUUGAAGUUUCCCUGGCUUAUGAAAGUGAAGAUCUUUUACCACCUGGUGCAGCAUCUCCUAUAUUUGCCCAGUAUGAUGUGUCUGGUUUGACAGAUACUAGUGAGAAGUAUGCUUCUCGGAAUUUGUCAGCCCCCAUUAAGGCCAAUCUGCAUUUUUCCUUGAGUAGAAGUGGAAUUUUGUCUUUGGAUCGGGCUGAUGCUGUUAUUGAAAUCUCAGAAUGGGUAGAAGUUCCUAAACGAAAUCUGACAUUGGAGAAUUCAACUAUUGCUUCCCCAAACAUAUCGGUUGAAGCUGGAGCUGUAAACACUUCAGCUACAAACACUUCAGAAGAAAGCAAUGGCAACUCGAAUACUGAUGAAGGUGGGAUUAGUAAUUCAUCCAACUCUACUGUUGAAGAGCAAAGUGGCAAGGAUGUUGAUACAGGAAAAAAGCUGAAAAAGCGUACCUUCAGGAUUCCGCUAAAGGUUGUUGACAAGACAGUGGGACCUGCCGUUUCUCUUUCAAAAGAAUAUCUUGCUGAUGCUAAACAAAAACUAGAAGCCUUGAACAAGAGGGAUGCAGAGCGAAGAAGGACUGCUGAGUUAAAAAAUAACUUAGAAGGAUACAUUUACUCUACUAAAGAAAAGCUUGAAACAUCAAAGGAGUUUGAAAAGAUUUCUACCGGUGAUGAACGUCGAUCCUUUAUUGAAAAGCUUGAUGAGGUUCAAGAAUGGCUGUAUACCGAUGGCGAAGAUGCUAGCGCUACAGAGUUUGAAAAACACCUAGAUAUGCUAAAAGCUAUUGGUGAUCCAAUAUUCUUCAGGUUGAGGGAGCUUACUGCACGUCCAGAAGCCGUUGAACAUGCACGAAGUUACCUUGUUAAGCUGAAACAGGUCAUCGAUGGUUGGGAGACUAAAAAGUCUUGGCUUCCAAAAGACAGAAUAGACGAGGUGGUGAGUGAUGCUGACAAGCUGAAAAUUUGGUUGGCUGAAAAAGAGGCCGAACAGACAAAGACUUCUGGGUCUAGUAAACCAGCUUUCACAUCUGAAGAAGUAUAUAUUAAGGUUUUCGAUCUACAAGACAAGGUUGCAAGCAUUAAUAGAAUUCCGAAGCCAAAGCCUGAAAUUGAGAAACCUACAAAGAAUGAAACAGAUACUGGGGAGAAAGAAAAAAAUUCCAGCACAACUUCUGGUGACAGUUCCUCUCAAAGUGAUGAAUCUGCUAAAAAUUCCAGCACAACUUCUGGUGACAGUUCCUAUCAAAGUGAUGAAUCUACUAAGGACUCAGGUGGUUCAGCAAAUGAAAGCAUCGAGCCAGAAACCGAGGCUCAUGAUGAGUUAUAGAUUAAUAGAACUGACAUUUUGGUUUCAGCGUAUAACGUUUGCCUUCCUGAUUUGAAGAGAUGUGGAUCGGCACUAGUAGAAAAGAUGGAUGAGUUCUGUCUAUAAAUUCCAGACAGUAGAAUGUAGAGUUCAGCCCCUUUUUAAGUAAGGUUGCUUGUCAUCCUUGAGAUCAAUGGUUGGCCUGUGUUCAGCAGAUUUUAAGGAAUUAUUGCUGAAGGACCGGACCUUUCUUUCAGUUAUUGAUAUUGUUAAAUCAUACCAUACAUCGUAGGGGCGAAUUAUCGGUAAACAUUUUUGCCUCAUUGGAAAAUUUUGUUAUACGUCAAAGAACAGUACGGUUGGAUAGGGAGACUUAUUUUUGUUGUCGAGGUUAUGUAUCAUCCUUCUGGAAAAUAUAGAUAAUUUCCCAUAUGUCAUUGCUUGUAUUAUGUUUUA